AACGAACCUGGAGUCAGAGAAGACGAGAGAAUCCGCUCUGUGGAUUUUCGCCGCAGCCUUCUCAGCUUUGGAAAAAGAGGACACAAACAAACAAACAAAAACAAACAUUUUUGUCUUUGUGUCUCCAUAAAACCACAUCCGGUGGAACAUAUAUUCGCGAAAGAAGAGUGAAAACAACGUUUGAAUGGCAACGAGUGUAGGACUGGCUAUGAAUCCGCCGCAUGCGACAGAAGAGAGGGCGGUUUUCACGCAGCUGAAGCCGGUGAGGAUGUCCGGGGCGGACGGAGCCGAGGACGCGUCCGUGUUCGAGGACGUCAAACCCGUGACUCGGCUAGAGUUGGACAAAUACCUGCCACACAUCAACAGUCCACUCCUGACUUGCUCUCCCGACAUCACCGACAAAAAGUACAGGCGGGACAGCGCGUCCGUCGUCGACGAGUACUUCUCCGAGGAGAAACCCAUGACUCCCUACAGCCUCAACAUCAACCUCAUCCUCCCCAGCACCACCCAUCUCCGCACGGGCCUCUACAGACCCAACACCAAGACCCUCACACCCCAGCAGAUCAAGACAGAACCCGGGCUGGAGGUCCCCUGCUCCAUCUCCACCGCCGCCACCCAGGCCUUACCAGACUUCACCUCCGUCUUCAGCGUGCCGCCAGUCGUCAACAAUGUUUUCAUCAAACCAGACAUGAGCUCAGCAGGAGUGGCCACUGCAGUAUCUCAGCAGCAGCCAAACUUGGACACAGAGCUACACAUCGGACCGGCUCCUCCUCAGCCGCAGGUCUACCACAUGCCCAUCUCCACCUGCGGGGACCUCCCGCUGUCGCACACCAGCUCCUCCACACACGCCUCCUCAAGCAGCAGGACCAUGCUCACCCUCGGGAAUGUCGCGAUGCCCACAAGUAACGGACACUACAUGAUGGCAGAACACCAGGUCCCACAGCAGCAGCAGCAGCAGCAGCACGGUUACUACCAGGCCUCGCCCAAUUCUUCCCAGCACACAGCGCCCCACAGCCUCCCGCCCUCACCUCCCAACUCCCAGCCCGGGAGCCCCGACGGCCAGGCGGAGCUGCUCAGCUUAGCGUCCCAACCACCGCCGCCGUACCAGCAGCGGCUGGGUGGGAUGAAGGUGACGGGGUUGUCGCCGCACGCCCUGCUGAUGACGCACGGCCAGGGCGUCCUGACGGGUCCGAAAUAUAACCGACGGAACAACCCGGAGCUGGAGAAGAGGAGGAUCCACUUCUGUGACUACCCAGGCUGCACCAAAGUUUACACAAAGAGUUCUCAUCUGAAGGCGCACCAGAGGACACACACAGGUGAGAAGCCGUACCGCUGCACGUGGGAGAACUGCGACUGGCGUUUCGCCCGGUCGGACGAGCUCACCAGACACUACCGGAAACACACCGGCGCCAAACCCUUCAAGUGCAUCGCCUGCAGCCGCUGCUUCUCGCGCUCCGACCACCUGGCCCUGCAUAUGAAGCGCCAUCAGAACUAAACGCAGUCACAACUGUACAUACACACAAACACACACGCGCAUGCACGAUCAGUGCAGUAUUUGAAUAUCAACAGCCACUUGAAACUUAACAGCAGUCAUUAUGAACUGAUCCUGAACUGAAAUCAUCUCUGUGCGCUGGUGUUUUUACCUGGUGCUACAUGCUAACAGAUGUUGACUGACAGCAGGAAAUAAUCACGUCUUCGCUGCUCCGUCGACUUCCUGGUUAACGUUCUUGAACCCUUUGUAUCGUCUGCCUCGCACACGGACACAGAUUUGUGUGGACAGGAGGUGUCAGCGCUCACCUCCGUGUUCCCAUUUUUUCCCUCUGUGAGAUAAACGCUGAUCACCUGCUUUCAGUCAACACGGCGUCAUUAACACUGGAGCUAAUCAUCAACCAGAGCUCAGAGAUGAUUUUAGUGUUUGAUUUAAAGAACAUGCCCUCAUUAAAUCACCCAAAACACACACACGUCAUCAUCAAUCAGUGAAACUGCGACAGUGGACUCUUCAUCACGUCCCGGACUCUGUCCUCCUCAGCAAAAUCAACAAAAAAGCAACACAAUGAACUUGUUUCACGACAAAUCUGCUGCCAACUCCAUCGCCAUCUUGUAUCAUUUUUGAGGUAUGAACUUUCAAGGAGAGGUGGAAAUACCUCUGUAAAUAUCUGUUAAUAAUGUAUGUGUGUGUGUGCGUGAGAGCGAGAGAGAAUACAACGAAUGUAUUGAGAUUUAUACUUGACAUCCUUUUGUUUGUUUGCCUUUUCCCUCCUUUUUUUUUUUACAUCCAAUGUUAAUGAGUCAUUUUCCAUGUUCCUCACGCUAUAAUCUCCCCUUUCAAAAUAAAAGAGUAAACAGAUAAUCAACAAUCACGAUCGGAGAGAGCUCUCCAUGGAAAAGUUAAUCAUCGCCUUGUUACGCCUGUUUCAGCACAAGUAAUACCUGUCGAGCUCAGAGCGUCGAGCACUCUGCCAAUGUUUGUGUCCAUGACACUACCCGUUGCCCCGGCGACCGACCUCCUUUGAUGGCGGUUUGCGGUUAUGCUUGUAGUUUCUAUUCAGCUUUCUUUUCUUCUCUUUCUCCCUCCCCCUCCCCUCUUUCUCUCUCUCUCUCCUGUAUUUGUUCAACACUUGAGCUGAAGGGAAGAGAGAGAUGGGUGUGGACACACUGUAACGUCUGACGUAGUCACUCCUGAUUCUGUUCUGAUGAAGCGCAGUGCAACGGGACUCAGAUUGCAGUUAGAGUCGUGUUUGACGUGCGUGAAUAGCAGGUUAAUGUUCGCCUGAUUACGUGACGUUAACUAUGAUUUGUGGCCCCUGCGUAUUUUUCAGCCCGCACAUUUUUGUGCAGUGGUGCAGAUGUUUUUGUUUUGUUUGACAUGAGCAAGCUUUUUAAGAAGAUUCUUUGACAGUUGGACUCAUUGACCUGAAACAAACCCGUCUCUAUGUUUGGGGCAAAUUUGACCAAGAAAUGAAUUGAAAUUUAACCAAUUUGUACAUUUUCUGACUGAAUAAUCGACAAAAAAAAUUUUCAAGCCACCUUUUCUCUACAGCGACAGCCUUCUUAAGGUCCAGUGUAAAGAAUUUAGGGUGAUUUAUCAACGUAUAAUUGAUAUAGUGUUUAAAUAUUUUCAUUCAUCCACAUAGUCCUUAAUUUCAGAAUUAUUUUUUAAAUAAUACAAAAGUACAAACACAAUAUAGGUAGAGAAUAGGCAAUAAAAAGAUUAAAAUACAAGAUCACAGAUCGACAUACAAGACUUCAGUUGAGAAAUAAGAUGAGCCUUAACCUUAAAAUAUGUAAUAAUGAAAUAAUAACUUCAAAAAUAACUUCUAAUAUACUCUAAAUUCAGUUGGGUACAAAACAAAGCUUGCUUUUCUUAGAUUAAGGGUUUUAUACGACACUAGACACAAGACUGUGGAUUUUGUCCACAAUUUUUGUACGUUAGCCCAGAAUGGACAAAUCGAAGACUCUAAAGCGCUUUAAAAAGUGCUUUUUUAAUGUUUUUAUGAUACCUAUGCACAGUAUCACUCCUAGAUGCCAUUAACUCUACUAACUGGUCCUCUAACUCCUCAUGGUGCGUAACAUUUACAUCGGAAGUUGGAACCUCCGAGUUUACUGUGUUAACGUAAAACCUGUCUAGGGUUAGCCAUUUUUUUCGAAAUGCCAGUCACUAACAACACUUAACGCGAUGUUUUCAACACAUAGACAUCGUAGGAACGACUGAUUUACCGAAGUGUAACUGACAGAAAAAUUAGCCAAGAGUUUUUACGAUGAACAUGAGGGACGGCCAUCUUGGAAUCCUAUGCCGGGGUAUGCUCCAAACUUCUUAGUGCGAAAUGUUCGACUUUUGGCUACAACUGGAAUAUGGCUGCACCAAUGAAUCGAUUGUUAAUCGAUUACUAAGUUAUAAAUGAGUCAUCUGUGGGUUUUGUCAUUACUGGUCAACAUUUUCUGACAUUACUCGAAAACAGAUUCAUCAAUUAUGAAAGAAAUCUUGAGUUGCAGCCCUAAACUGGAACGUACCAUUAGCUGAACAUGUAAAAAAACAAAAAAAAAACAGGGUUGAAUCAAAACCCAGAAAAUCAAACCAACAAAAACAUUUUCCACUUGUCCAGGUUUACAUUUGAACACCUCGUACUACUUUAAGAAAAGAAAAAACGGUUUCACGACCCACCGUUUUUCCACAAGUAGACCACCAGUAGAAGGGCGACGAACAUCGAGACACUUGUGUUUUGACCGAUUGUAUUGAUUUGCGGUCUGAUCCUGUUGACACUGCGCUGAGGCUGUAGCAUCAACCCACGAUUUUACUUCACACUUUAAAUCAACAACGGCGUUGAUCGACGCGUACCUGUCCGGCAUGAGCGGAAACAGAAACCCCUGAUUUAUUCAUUUUCUUUCCUCUGUCUCUCUCAGAGAGGCAGCACUGACCACCACGUCCUGUAAAUAUGUGUCUCUUCACAGAAGACUUUGUAAAUAUUUGUUUGGUUUUAAUAUUUUCCUAUUAUAAUAAUAAUAAUAAUAUUUUGUUUUCCUUUUUUUUAACUAAUGGGAUUUUAGAUUGGUUUCAUGUGAGCGCUUGUUUAAUUUUGUUUGGUUUUGAUACGUCAUGUAUAAGAGAAUUUAUCAGUUUUAUGUAAAAUGAAUGAGAACGGAAUGGUUUGAUAUUAUUUUUGUUUUCUGUUUGUGCAAAAAUGCUGCAAUGAGAUAAUAAAGAUUUUUGAAAUAA